AUCUGAUUAAGAGAAGAAAUCAUUUUCCUGUUGGCGUGACCCCUACUUAAAUUACGUGGUGUUAUCUACAGAAACAUGAGAGUAAAAUAUGUAUAAAAUAUUUUAUUUGUGGGUAGAUAUAAAUAUUACGUUGUUAUUUGUUAAUGAGGGCACCUGUUAACCUAAGUGGAUAGUAAUUAGUGCUAAUGCGUCGGAUUGUUGAUUGAUACUUGAAUUCAUUAUUUCAUUACGACGCAAAAUGAAGCUGGAUGUAUUUUCUUUGGUUGUGAUAUUUAUUUCUCUUCAGAUAAUAUUGAUAAAUGGUCAGUUCACAUGCUAUCGAAAAUUUCUCAAAAAGAGAGAGCUGUGUAAAGGACCAGUCAAAAAGAGGACACACAAGUUUGAUACUCCCGAAAAAUGUUGUCAAACAAAAGGACAAGGAUUUUACAGUGUGAGGGUACCAACAGGAAAGAAGAACAAGUAUGUUUGUACACCUUGUAGAUCACUUAUUACCACAACUCCAAAAACAACUACAGAAAGCCCGGAAUGGGGGCAUUGGAGUGCAUGCAGCGUGUCUUGUGGAGCAGGCUGGAGGUCCAGAUAUAAGCUCUGUACUAACUGUGAUAUGAACCACUUUAACAACGUCCAGUCACAACCAUGCCUAGAAAACUUUUACUGUGCAGUGGAUGGAAACUGGGGUCCAUGGUUCGGUUGGUCUCCUUGCUCGGAUUCAUGCGGUGGUGGAACCCGCAGACGAGAGAGGAGAUGUAAUUACCCUCCACCGACACAUGGGGGGAAAGAUUGUCCCGGAAAGAGUGAAAGGGUACAGGAAUGUAAUGAAGAUGAAUGUCCAGAGGAUGGUAACUGGGGACCAUGGUCCAGUUUUUCUACAUGCAGUGUGACAUGUGGAUUUGGUAUGAUGACAAAGACACGAGAGUGUAAUAAUCCAGCACCAGUCAAUGGUGGCAAAGAUUGUAGUGGAUUUCCUGUCCAUCAACAGAGAUGUAACCAUAGGCAAUGCCCACAACAUGGAGGGUGGUCUCUUUGGUCAUCCUGGAGCUCAUGUCCCGUCUCAUGUGGGGAAGGAGAACGGAUCAGAAAACGGACAUGUGACAGUCCUAAACCAUUGUUUGGUGGGAACGAUUGUGAAGGUUCCGAUACCGACCAGCAGAUUUGUAGACUUCCGAUAGUUUGUCCAAUCGAUGGGGGUUGGGUGUCAUGGACUAACUGGGGGAGAUGUUAUGGGCCACCAUGUGGAAAAGGACAACAUAGAAGAUCCCGUAGUUGUACCCAACCUGUGGCCAAACAUGGCGGAAGACCGUGUCGUGGCUUCAGAUCAGAAACAAGAGUCUGUGUAAAUGACAAGGACUGUCCUGGAGCUAAUGAUCCACAGUGGUGUCAGUGGAAUGAUUGGUCUCCAUGUACAGCCACAUGUACUGGUCUAAAUUCAAUGCAGGUACGACAGAGGGCCUGCUUAUGUCCAGUCCCAAAACAAGGACAAGAAAGCUGUCAAGGAGAGAGCUUCCAAGUAAGAGAAUGUAUUAAUGUCCCAUCAUGUAUGCCAGCAGUUGUAUCAAAUCAAGAAAAAAAUGUUGGCAGUGAAAAUGAAGAAAGUUUAAACAGUACUAUUUCAACAUCAGUUAUUCCAGAAGUAGUAUUAGAUGAAGAAUCUCCCUAGACAAGAGCUGAAGAUAAGGUUCAUUAUCUACAAAUGUGUUCACUGUAAUGUUAACAAUCUGUUAACUUUAAGGAGUAAUUAUUCAUUAUGUGUUGUGACAUAGAUUUUCUUAUAAACAUGUUUGUAAAAAAUAGUUGUUUUGUAUAUCCUGUAAAUAUUUAUGCUGUUUAUAUAAAUAUGAUUGUUGUACAGUUUCAUAUCUAUUUGUUUUUAUAAAACUGUAAAUAAAAAAAGGAAUAUCUGUUUUA